UUAACUGUGGCCAAAGCCCUAAGAAACACAGCUCAUUGUUGGCAGCUGCCGGGCGAUCUUGCCGAGCUGUGAGGGCAGCAGAGGGGAAAUAAAAGGGAACGGCUCCGAUUCUGCCCUAGCAGCCGCUGCAAGACUUCGGCGCCGACUUCGCGAUAGCGAGCGCCUUGCACGCCAGAAAGGCCCCCUCUAUGUGCUGCUGAGCCGGUCCUGGACCCGACGAUCCCGCCCUCGGUCUUUGGAGCAGAAAUCUCAAGGACGGAAGGACUGGAAAUGGCAGACCAUAUGAUGGCCAUGAACCACGGGCGCUUCCCCGACGGCACUAACGGGCUGCACCACCACCCUGCCCACCGCAUGGGUGUGGGGCAGUUCCCGAGCCCCCAUCAUCACCAGCAGCAGCCCCAACACGCCUUCAACGCGUUAAUGGGCGAGCACAUACACUACGGCGCGAGCAACAUGAACGCCACGAGCGGCAUCAGGCAUGCGAUGGGGCCGGGGACUGUGAACGGAGGGCACCCCCCGAGCGCGCUGGCUCCCGGGGCCAGGUUUAACAGCUCCCAGUUCAUGGGCCCCCCGGUGGCCAGCCAGGGAGGCUCUCUGCCGGCCAGCAUGCAGCUGCAGAAGCUCAACAACCAGUAUUUCAACCACCACCCCUAUCCCCACAACCACUACAUGCCGGAUUUGCACCCUGCUGCAGGCCACCAGAUGAACGGGACGAACCAGCACUUCCGAGAUUGCAACCCCAAGCACAGCGGCGGCAGCAGCACCCCCGGCGGCUCGGGCGGCAGCAGCACCCCCGGCGGCUCGGCGGGCACCUCGGGCGGCGGCGCGGGCAGCAGCAAUAGCGGCGGCGGCAGCGGCGGCAGCGGCGGCAGCAACAUGCCCGCCUCCGUGGCCCACGUUCCUGCUGCAAUGCUGCCGCCCAAUGUCAUAGACACUGAUUUCAUCGACGAGGAAGUGCUUAUGUCCUUAGUGAUAGAAAUGGGUUUGGACCGCAUCAAGGAGCUGCCCGAACUCUGGCUGGGGCAAAACGAGUUUGAUUUUAUGACGGACUUCGUGUGCAAACAGCAGCCCAGCAGAGUAAGCUGCUGACUCGAUCGAAAUCCCGACGAAAGAAAUCAAAUCCCCCAACUUCUUCGGUGUGAAUUAAAAAACAUUCCCUUAGACACAGUAUCUCACUUUUCAGAUCGUGAAAGGUUUGAGAACUUGGAAACAAAGUAAACUAUAAACUUGUACAAAUUGGUUUUAAAAAAUUGCUGCCACUUUUUUUUGUUGUUUUUGUUUCGUUUUUGUAGCCUUGACAUUCACCUCCCUUAUGUAGUUGAAAUAUCUAGUUAACUUGGUCUUUUUUGUUGUUUGUUUUUACUCCUUAUUUCCUCACUUUCUCCAGUGCUCAACUGUUAGAUAUUAAUCUUGGCAAACUGCUUAAUCUUGUGGAUUUUGUAGAUGGUUUCAAAUGACUGAACUGCAUUCAGAUUUACGAGGGAAAGGAAAAAUUACAUUAGUUGGUUGCAUGAACUUUGAAAGGCAGAUAUUACUGCACAAACUCUGCCAUCUCGCUUCAUAUUUUUAACUAUGCAUUUGAGUACAGACUAAUUUUUAAAAUAUGCUAAACUGGAAGAUUAAACAGAUGUGGGCCAAACCAUUCUGGAUCAGGAAAAGUCAUACUGUUCACUCUCGAGGUGGCUGUCCCCCUCCCCGGUAUGUACAGACAAUAACAGGGUGUGGAAUGUCAUCAGUGGCAAACAUUUCACAGAUUUUUAUUUUGUUUCUGUCUUCAACAUUUUUGACACUGUGCUAAUAGUUAUAUUCAGUACAUGAAAAGAUACUACUGUGUUGAAAGCUUUUUAGGAAAUUUUGACAGUAUUUUUGUACAAA